AAUAGUUUUCAAGUUGGUUAGAAGCAGGAUUAUUGUUUAUUUUUUUGACGGACGAAGGCGAACAAAAAGAAAAUUCAAAUUACGUACUUUUUCAGUUUUUGCUAUUUUUUCAAGCUUAGAUGUAAUUACAGAACUAGAGUUGAAAAGAGUUUUUUUAGAACUUGAGUAACGGCGUUUAUUAUCGUGUUUCAUAUUGUGUGGCAGGAAAAGUUUUUCAAAGCGCUAGGCAAAGACGAAGUGUCGUCAGAAUUCAGUCUCAGGCUCUGUCCCGGCCAUGCUCGUGCCUCUCAUCAUUAAUACCACUACCACGAUCAGAAUCACUGCCUCAAUCAGUGCCGUAAGUGCUGAAUCCAGCCAAACUUUGCUAAGAUGUCGUUUCUUCUUCGCUUCCAUGAUCUGAUCGGUGGUAUCCACGUCCCCAUUGACGACGGUAUUGACAAGCUCAACCGGAAAUAUACACUGCUCAUCUUCCUCUUCCUAGCACUGCCCAUCUUCACCAAACAGUACAUCGGUGAUCCUAUUGAAUGUUUUACUCCCACCUAUUUCAGCGAAAGCCAAGCGCGAUAUGUCAACAGUUAUUGUUGGACUACGUCCACUUAUUACUUAGUGACAGACGGAACUGUGGAUGAUAUAGGUGAACCUGCUGAGAACACAUUUGAUCCUAAAACUUUGCCAGAUGAAAUAGACUACAGCGCCGGCAUCGGAGAAGAAGGAGCUAUCACUGCCGAAAAACUUCGCCGCGUAAGGGUCACCUACUACCAAUGGUCACCUCUCAUCCUCUUGGUGCAGGGAUGUUGUUUCCAUCUGCCGUUCGUUCUUUGGGGGGCCUGCGCUCACAACGCCGGGGUCAAGAUCCGCAGGCUGUUAAAGAGAGCCUCAGACAUUGCCAGUCUACCACCCGGUUGCCAACAGAGAGAGGCUCUCUUGGCUGAAUUCGUGGACCAGUUCCAUACAAUGGUCAACGGUAACGUUGGUUGCUGCGCCGAUCCAUCUUGCCGGAUCCCGAUCACGUGCCGUUGUGGCACUGGCCCCAGUCGCUACCUGUGCCUCUUGUACCUACUGGUGAAGAGCCUUUAUGUCCUGAAUGUUUUCCUGCAAUUUCUGCUUUUGACUGCAUUUAUGGGAAGGGGCUACUUCAAACACGGCGUAGAACUUCUGCGAAGGUGA